UUUUCCAAGGUUGGGAACGACUGCAUUAGUUUUUAACACUCAAACUUCUUUUUUUUGUUCAGCAAAUCUUUAUCUGACUCUAGCUGUCAGAUAAAUAGAGUGGAAUGUAGUCGGGUAGAAGCUUAAAGAGGAAAUUACUUUUACUUAAUUACUUUCAGCUAUUGAUAAUAAUCUGACCAUCAGGCCCAGAUGUGACAACACAAUCAUUGUGGGCCCCUUGGCAUCGACCUUUUCACAUUUUGAUUUACUUCACUCUGAUGUAUUCACUGAGGGCCAACAAAGACAUUGGGCCGCACUAAAUCUGCCAUGUCAUGAUCCACACAGAAGCGAGCAAGCGUAUCAGGCAAAAGCAAAAGUUACCUAAAAUAAAACAAGGACACACGGUUGCUGCGUGCACAACCACACACUAAUGUAUGCAACUUUAUAAUCAAUAUAACGCAUUAAUCUGCAGUUAGAGUUAACCUCUGUCAACAGGAUGGCCCCUGAAUCUGUCUCGGUUUCAACGCUGGCUAAUAAUGUUUGGGCCGAUUGCUAUGGCGACUGGGCCCGCGGGUCGGUGAAUCGAGAUCAUGGGAGAUGAAACAAAGGACGCCAUUUUGCUGCCCGCCGCCUGCGGGUUUGACGUGAUGACACCUUAAAAACAAGCUUAAACUUAUCUGUUUCCCCAUCCCAUUAUAUGCUGACCGAGCCUGGCUAAUGUUGAGUCUCAUUUGGCUCUUCUUCUCGCCCUGUCGGACAUUCUGUGUAAUGAUCGCCCCUGCAGUGUGGUUGCUUUGGAGAGAAAAAAAGAAACCUAAGCAACAAAAAUAAAUGGACAAAACAAUAAAUUCCAAACAUUGCCAAGAAUGGGAGUUAUUUGGCCUAAACCAUGGCGCUGGCACACACAGGGCGACAAACAAUAAUUCCGGCCUGCAGUCGGCAUUCUGUGGCUGCAGUUAGGUGACAGAUCAGCAGUACACAAUCCCUGCUCUGUUUGUGACAAUCCCGGCCUCCUCUGUCUGUCUCUGUGGACAACACUGGCAGCGGCUGGCUCAUAAUGGGCCUGGGAGCAGGAAUUUGUGCCCCCCCCCCCCCCCCCCUGCCUCUAAGCGAGUGUUGAUCAUGUGAAUUUCUAUUACCUGUUUUCGCAAUUGGGUGUUGAACUCCUUCUGGGACCCCUGUGUUGGCCCUUUAACACCACUGGUAUUGAUGAAUUCGCGAAGCCAAUACCUGUAAUAUAUAUUAGCCGCAUAAAAUCAGUUCCCUCUGAAUGAAAAGUUCUCAAUAUAUUUUUUAUAUUUUUCAAAGUCAUCUUUAUUGUCACUUCUUCAAUGUGUGCAAACAUACAGAGGAUCUAAAAAUGCGAUUCUCUCUCGUCCAACACAAAGUGAUUCAUAAUAAUAAUAAUAAAGUAAUAGAGCGAGAAACAGCUAACAACAACAACAAAGAACAUUUCUACAUAUACAUUUCGUCUCCAAUACCAAGACACAUUUGUCUCAUUUUUGUUUUACAUUUAGAGAAUAAAUUACAAAAAUAAAGCUCACAUAGUCGCUGGGUUUUUCCCUGCACAAUCAUAUCUCGUGGGUGUGUGUGUGUGUGUAGGUGUGUGUGUGUGUGUGUGUGUGUGUGUGUGUGUGUCAAACUACUGCAGCCGCCUGAACCCGCAAGACAAAAAUGUGAAACUCAUGUGUGAAAGAAAUAUUUUUGCAUUUAGGCUUCAGACUAGUUGACAAACAACCACCACUUAUGUUGUGUUCUGUAUAAAGAGCAGCAGCACCGUGUGGCCGAGAAAUAUUAUGAUGCAAUGCUUCAUAAACUGAUUUGACAAACAUCAUGUGAACAUGCGUACGUGUCUGGGGAGCGAGAGGAGGAGAAAGACAUUGAUUAAAUGGAGAAAUACCAUUUCAGGAAGCACUUCUCAGCCCUGUAUCAUGGCACUAUGGAUUGUGAGGAUGACAAUUUCCUGACGGAGCUGUGGUAAAACCCUCUUCUCCAAAAUAACACUUUACAUGUGUCUGUGUCAUCUACAUUUUCAUCUUCUGAAUCCUGACAAAUAAGAAGUUGAAAUUGUUCGGGGAGGUCACACCUACAUCCUACUUGUUCAGGCUUUUCUAUUUUUUGUGGACAGAUCACCACAAUCCAAGAGAAAUCCUCAAAAGUAGCCUUCUAUGAAUAGCCCAAUUCGCAUCUCCUGACACUCACGUGCUGUUGUUUAAACCAACGUAAUUACCCAAAUGUGAUUUCAGCUCGUGCACAGUGACAUCUCUGAUGUGCCAGACCCUUUAAAUUGUUUAUUUGUAAUGACUUUAUUGUGCGCAAUAACAGUUUGGCCCAGUUGGAUCCAGGUUCUGUUCGGUACCUGAAAGACAACCUCCUCUCGUUCCUGUCUCUGAUUGGUUAGUCCACAUAUCCCUCGAGUCAGCGCCGAGUCAGGAGACUAUAAAUCGGGAGUGAUUUAAGGAACGCCUUCCUAGGCGCACUCCGCUGAUGCACACGGGACAAGAACAGCUCCGAGCUAUUGAGAGAAACGAUACCACAAAGAUGUCUUUUAAAGUAGGCUCGCAGUCUUCUUACAGGAAGAUGUUCAGCGGGGACAGAGCCGGUAUCGGGUCCGGGACCAGGACCAGCUCCUCCACGCGCCAGUUCUCCAGCCCCGUGCGCUCCUCCCGGGUGUCCUACGGGCUCUCCUCCGCCCCGACCGUGUACGCGACCAAGACCCAGCGGCUCCGGAGCAGCGCGGCCAUGCCCCGGCUGUCCUCCGACCACCUGGACUUCUCCCUGUCCGACGCCAUCAACAGCGAGUUCAUGACGAACCGCACCAACGAGAAGGUGCAGAUGCAGUCGCUCAACGACCGCUUCGCCAGCUACAUCGACAAGGUCCGCUUCCUGGAGCAGCAGAACAAGAUCCUGCUGGCGGAGCUGGAGCAGCUGCGGGGCAAAGGCACGUCCCGGGUCGGAGAUCUGUACCAGGACGAGAUGCGGGAGCUGAGGCGCCAGGUGGACCAGCUGACCAACGAGAAGGCCCGGGUGGAGGUGUACCGGGAUAACCUGGCGGAGGACAUCGACCGGCUGAGAGAGAAGUUGCACGAGGAGAUGUCCCACCGGGAGGAGGCUGAGGGCACCAUGCAUAAUUUCAGACAGGACGUGGACAACGCCGCCCUCGCCAGACUGGACCUGGAACGGAAAGUGGAGUCCCUCCAGGAGGAAAUCAUCUUCCUCAAGAAGCUGCACGACGAGGAAAUGCUGGAGCUGCAGAACCAGAUCCAGCAGCAGCAGCAGCACGUGCAUGUGGACAUGGAGAUGGCUAAACCCGACCUGACCGGUGCUCUGAGAGACGUCCGCUUGCAGUACGAGAACCUGGCCUCCAAAAACCUCCAAGAGUCUGAGGAAUGGUACAAAUCCAAGUUUGCUGAUCUCACCGACGCUGCAGCCAGGCACAGUGAUGCUCUGAGACUGGCCAAGCAAGAGGCCACUGACUACAGACGCCAAGUGCAGUCCCUUACUUGUGAGGUGGAUGCCCUUAAAGGAACUAACGAGUCCAUGGAGCGCCAGAUGAGGGACACGGAGGAGAACUUCUCCCUGGAGACGGACGGUUCCCAGGACACCAUCGGCCGCCUGGAGGAGGACAUUCACAACAUGAAGGACGAGAUGGCUCGUCACCUCCGCGAGUACCAGGACCUCUUGAAUGUCAAGAUGGCCCUGGACAUUGAGAUCGCCACCUACAGGAAGCUGCUGGAAGGAGAGGAGAGCAGAAUCGCCACCCCACUGCCAAACUUCUCAUCUCUGAACCUGAGAGAAGCUAUGCUUGAUUCCAAACCCCAUUUUGAAUCUACAACUACUAGGAAGGUUCUGAUCAAGACCAUUGAGACAAGGGACGGUCAGGUGAUCAACGAGUCAACCCAUAACCACGAUGACAUGGAGUAAUAAUAUCUUUGCCUUUUUGCCAAACAAUCAACAAAAGCUAUAUGAAGAAACACAUUUCACCAGAGCUACAAGCAAGCAAACAAACAAACAACACAAAGAGCAAACCGCUUCAAAAAGUGCCUUUAAAUGUGUGAUGAUCCAGUACGACUGUUAGUUGACACAGACUGUAUUUUGCUUCCUUUACUGCUGAAAGUAUUAUCUUUUGUUACAUUUCUUUAGACACAACAAUGAAAUCACCACAACAUAGAAAUCCUUAUUGAGGUCUACAAGAACCUUUAUUUCAAACCAACAAAGUGUUUUUGAUCAAUACAGCAUGCACACUCCAGGACAUAUGUAUGCUAAAGAUGUCACAAUUGCCUGUACGCAGCAAUAAACCAGUAAAAACUCAA